AUGUUGGCUGGCCGUAUAGUGUCCCUAUUUGGGUUACUUCUAGUAACAUGUAGUUUUGUAUCGCCUGCACCAACUAAGUGCAAAUGCAGGAAAAUUAUAGUCACACCAUCUGAACAAUCAUGUUUAUUAGGACAUCUUAUACAGAUUUUGACGCAUCUAGUGAACAAUCAACAACAUCCCGUAUGUGCAAAAGAUUUUAUUAGACAAUUAGAAGAAAUUUGUGAGGAAGAAAAAAACUGCCAUUGUUGCUGCCAGACUAGAGAGUCAGAAUGUGAAACUACUGAGUCUGAUUGUAGUACAACAGAAUCAGAGUGUGAAACAACUGAGUGUGAUUGUUGUACAACAGAAUCAGAUUGUUGCACCACCACCGAACCUUGUGAUACAACAACCACUUGUUGCACCACAACAACUGAACAUCCUUGUGACACCACUACUACAUGUUGCAGCACCACCACCGAGCCUUGCGACACAACAACCACUUGUUGCACCACAACAACCGAACAUCCUUGUGACACCACUACUACAUGUUGCAGUACCACCACCGAGCCUUGCGAUACAACAACCACUUGUUGCACCACAACAACUGAACAUCCCUGUGACACCACUACUACAUGCUGCAGUACCACCACCGAGCCUUGCGAUACAACAACCACUUGUUGUACCACAACAACUGAACAUCCUUGUGACACUACUACUACGUGUUGCAGUACCACCACCGAACCUUGUGAUACAACAACCACUUGUUGCACCACAACAACUGAACAUCCUUGUGACACCACUACUACAUGUUGCAGCACCACCACCGAGCCUUGCGAUACAACAACCACUUGUUGCACCACAACAACUGAACAUCCUUGUGACACCACUACUACAUGUUGCAGCACCACCACCGAGCCUUGCGAUACAACAACCACUUGUUGCACCACAACAACUGAACAUCCUUGUGACACCACUACUACAUGUUGCAGCACCACCACCGAGCCUUGCGAUACAACAACCACUUGUUGCACCACAACAACUGAACAUCCUUGUGACACUACUACUACGUGUUGCAGUACCACCACCGAACCUUGUGAUACAACAACCACUUGUUGCACCACAACAACUGAACAUCCUUGUGACACCACUACUAUAUGUUGCAGCACCACCACCGAAUCUUGCGAUACAACAACCACUUGUUGCACCACAACAACUGAACAUCCUUGUGACACCACUACUAUAUGUUGCAGCACCACCACCGAGCCUUGCGAUACAACAACCACUUGUUGCACCACAACAACUGAACAUCCUUGUGACACCACUACUACAUGUUGCAGCACGACAACCGAACCUUGUGAUACAACAACCACUUGUUGCACCACAACAACUGAACAUCCUUGUGACACCACUACUACAUGUUGCAGCACCACCACCAAACCUUGCGAUACAACAACCACUUGUUGCACCACAACAACUGAACAUCCUUGUGACACAACUACUACAUGUUGCAGCACCACCACCGAACCUUGUGAUACAACAACCACUUGUUGCACCACAACAACUGAACAUCCUUGUGACACUACUACUACGUGUUGCAGUACCACCACCGAACCUUGUGAUACAACAACCACUUGUUGCACCACAACAACUGAACAUCCUUGUGACACCACUACUACGUGUUGCAGCACCACCACCGAGCCUUGCGAUACAACAACCACUUGUUGCACCACAACAACUGAACAUCCUUGUGACACCACUACUACAUGUUGCAGCACCACCACCGAGCCUUGCGAUACAACAACCACUUGUUGCACCACAACAACUGAACAUCCUUGUGACACCACUACUACAUGUUGCAGCACCACCACCGAGCCUUGCGAUACAACAACCACUUGUUGCACCACAACAACUGAACAUCCUUGUGACACCACUACUACAUGUUGCAGCACCACCACCGAGCCUUGCGAUACAACAACCACUUGUUGCACCACAACAACUGAACAUCCUUGUGACACCACUACUACAUGUUGCAGCACCACCACCGAGCCUUGCGAUACAACAACCACUUGUUGCACCACAACAACUGAACAUCCUUGUGACACCACUACUAUAUGUUGCAGCACCACCACCGAAUCUUGCGAUACAACAACCACUUGUUGCACCACAACAACUGAACAUCCUUGUGACACCACUACUAUAUGUUGCAGCACCACCACCGAGCCUUGCGAUACAACAACCACUUGUUGCACCACAACAACUGAACAUCCUUGUGACACCACUACUACAUGUUGCAGCACGACAACCGAACCUUGUGAUACAACAACCACUUGCUGCCCCACAACAACAACUGAACAUCCUUGUGACUCCACUACUCCAUGUUGCAGCACCACCACCGAACCUUGCGAUAAAACAACCACUUGCUGCCCCACAACAACAACUGAACAUCCUUGUGACUCCACUACUCCAUGUUGCAGCACCACCACCGAACCUUGCGAUAAAACAACCACUUGUUGCACCACAACAACUGAACAUCCUUGUGACACCACUACUAGAUGUUGCAGCACCACCACCGAGCCUUGCGAUACAACAACCACCUGUUGCACUACUGAACCUCCUUGUGAAACAACAGAGCCCCCCUGCCCCGAAACAACGGCGUGUUGCACCGUGCCAACUCCACAUAGUUGUGGACUCACCCUUGAUCCUUGCUGUGAGCACAGGCGUUCUGGUUUAUAUUUCAUCCCGGUACUUAAAGUUGAUGGAGUUCCAGCCAUGUCUCACCAUGAGUUAAAAGACUAUAUCCUGAACUUAUUUAACAGCUUAAAUUUUGGAGGACAUCAUCAUCAUCAUAAAUAG